UGAUAGAGAAAACAGAAGCAUUCAUAACUCUCAUUUACUAAGAAGCGGGUGUGGGUCGGGUCCGGGCGUUGUUGUUCUAGUAUUUCCGACAGUGGUUCCGAUGCGGAACGAUCUACCGGACAAUAUCUGCGAGUAACUGAGACAUCUCAACAAGAGGUCGAAAGCGAUUCUCUUGCACAUAUUUGGUAAGGCUUCAACUGUAAAUUAAGCAAUGACGACAGCUCUAGUUAAAACUCCUCCGACAUUAUCAAACAUUUUGGUGUCGUGUUCCCGUCCCAAGUGUCUGAAAUUGUUUAAAUCCCCUGACGUGUGUCGCAGUUUUAUCUUCCCCAAGCUUCGUACUAGUCCCACUCUUGUUUGCUGCACAAAAUCGACUCCCUGGGAGCCUUCACCUGUCACAUACGCUCCCACUGAUAAUGCUGAUGGUAGCUUCUUGGAGAAAAGUAGCAACAUAUUCGAAACUCUGAGUUCCACCGACAGCAAUGAAGCAUCUUCGCCCAACAUUCGAGAGAAUACGGAUAUUGACCCUCAGCCAUCGGUGAAGUUUCAGUUUCUUAAAUGGCCUAUGUGGAUUCUGGGCCCUUCUCUUCUCCUUGCCACGGGCAUGGUACCAACAUUAUGGCUACCUCUGUCGUCCAUAUUCCUAGGUCCAAACAUAGCGAGUCUGCUUUCGUUGAUUGGAUUAGAUUGCAUGUUCAAUCUCGGUGCUACCGUUUUUCUUCUUAUGGCCGAUUCUGUUUCACGUCCUAAAAACCUCGCGGAAGCCAGCAAUAGCAAGCCUCCAAUUAGUUACAAAUUAUGGAACAUGGUCGCAUCCAUUUCCGGACUUAUCAUUCCUUUGACGAUGCUGUUGGCAUCCUAUAAUGGCUCCAUACAACCGCAGCUGCCUUUCAUCUCAUUUAUGGUCCUGAUGGGUCCCUACCUCCUGCUUCUCUCUGUACAGAUUGUAACUGAGAUGCUGACUUGGCACUGGAAGUCACCUGUGUGGCUGAUGACCCCGGUUGUGUAUGAAGCAUAUCGCGUGUUACAGUUGAUGAGGGGGUUGAAGCUCGGGGCUGAGCUUAUUGCACCAGCAUGGAUGAUGCAUAUGAUUAGGGGACUUGUAUGUUGGUGGAUCCUUAUUCUUGGGAUUCAACUCAUGAGAGUUGCUUGGUUUGCUGGUUUCACAGCUCGAGCUCACCAGAAGUCGUUGUCGACAACUGCCGAUUCUUAAUAAUGCUCAUUGUUGUUAGGAACUAUGAAAAAUAAUUGCUUCGGAUGCACACAUUAAAUCUACCGUCAGACAAAUAUAUAGAUCAUAGAAUACAUGUUGCAGUUACUUUAUUAUUAGAUGAAUUGUAAUCAGUUUCAUGGUAAAAUAUGUAAUAUAUACUAAAAAAUACAAUGAUUAUAGAAAAAGCCAUGCAUUUGUGUUAUAAGUUUCGCA